AAAUGCUAUCGACUAGUGUCCAGUGCAACCCUGGAAGCUAAUUGCCAGCCCUGCUCUGGCGCAAAUUUAGCACACAAAAAACUCGCAUAAAUCGUAAUAAAACAAUUGAAAAUGCUUAAAAAACGUCUGCAACAAGUGGAUACUGUAUAUAGACCCUAAAGCAAACUCGUUAAUUGUUCUACAAAUCCUCCUUUCCAGCUGCUAUUCAGAGAUAAGAUCUAUACUCAAAAUAUAUGAGAAUCGGUAUCAUAUAAAUGUUUUGGCCCUCCUGAAUCUGAAUCAAAAUCCCUGGAAUCAUUAAUAUCAACAUCGUCUAUGAAUCCGACGGAGCUGCAUAUGAUGUGGAUGAGUAGUCAGUAUAAUGCCGCUAACAAUAUGACAUUGGAGGAUGCGACUGCACUAUUGAAUCAUCCCACUGUUGGACUGCUGGAGGAGAUGUCUGGCCAUCAUCAUCAGCCCACUUUGGAAAUGAAUCCCAUGAUGGGCCUGGUUGGGGGUGAUUUCAAUGGUCAUGCCGCCACACUGAGUGGCACGCUCCCGCCUGGCACUCUGAUAGCCACCAAUACCAACAAUCUGUAUAGCUUUGCCCAUCUGGGUGGGCUGCAGCAUCAGUUGCUCCAACAGUCGGCGGCAGUGGCCGCCUUUCAGAACUAUACCGAAGUGAUGGACGCUGAUGGUAUGACGGUUGGAUUGGCCACAGACCCACACAGAGAGCUCAUGGAUGGUGGUGGUGGUAGUGGUUGUGUGGGCGGAGAAACGUGCGAUGAUGAGGAUCAGGUGUAUGGCCACCAGAUCGAUGAUGGCUAUGAUGAUGGUGGCGCUGGCCUGGAGCCCAAGCAGGAGAUAAUCAACAUCGAUGACUUUGUGAUGAUGAAUGAGGAUAAUAACUCGUACGAUGGCACCGAUUUUAUGACCUCCUCGGACAAGGAUAUCUCCCAGUCCUCCUCCUCGGGCUUGACACAUAUGCAGGGUGGCGGCGUAAGCCUCGGUGUGGCUGGAGCAGAGCACGACCUGCUAGUGCCACUGGGUGAUGGCCUGAUGCAUCAUAAGCUGCUCGGUGCUACACUGGCACCCGCCAUGCCGCUCAAUGUUGGGAAUAGCAAUGUCUUUGGCAACAUAAUGGUCACCGCUGCCGAUCCACCCAGCAGCAAACAGAUGAAGGGCUACAGAAACAGCAACAGUAGCGGCACGAGCAGCGCCACAGUCACUACAGUGGCCUCGACAGCCGUGAUGCGGGCGCAGCGAAAGACGCGCAAAAUAGAGCCUGUGAACAGGCCAGGACUUGUCCUGAAGACACCGAUUGCCUACAAGGGCAACAUAGAUCCAUCGGUGAUACCUAUACAGAAAGAUGGCAUGGCUGUCUGUGAACGUUGCGGUGCCAUUGGCGUGAAGCACACAUUUUAUACAAAAUCUCGACGCUUCUGCAGUAUGGCCUGUGCCCGUGGCGAGCUUUAUUCUUUGGUACUCAACAAUAAAAUGGAAACAACAGGAGCCACAACCAGCAACAACCAGUCAACGAGCAGUUCCCCUUUGCCAGCAGCGUCUGGCACUAGUCUGGAUGUCACGGAGGAUGCUCUUUUGGCGUCCGAUCAGCCACAGUCGGACAUUGAACUGGAUCUUCAUGCGGCCCAUAUAAAGAAUGCCAAUUAUCGUUUUCGCAUAACCGAUCAAUCGAAGAUCACACAAUUGAAUAGUUUUGGAGAGCCCAUGUCUUUGGGCGGUGAUGCCGCCGCCCAUAAUGUACAGAUGGCCGCCGAUGAGACCAUUGCGGCCUUGAAUGGUGCUGCCGUGGGCGAUGCAGCGGCCCCAGGGGGCGAGGCGAAUGGCAGCGGCAACGAUACCAGCACACCCAACACGGCCAGCAGUGGCUAUUUAAGUGCAGCGCCCACGCCGAAAGCCUUGCGCUUGUUCAAGGAUGUCUACCCGCAGGAUGAUCUGCCACAGAUACCCAAGUACGAACGUCUGCCGGCACCGUGUCCACAAAUGGAGAAGGUCCUGAGCAUCAGGCGGAGAAUGUACGACCCGUCACACUCGUACGACUGGCUGCCGCGUCUCAACAAGGAGAACUUCAAUGCGGCGCCCGUGACCUGCUUCCCGCAUGCCCCCGGCUGUGAGGUGUGGGAUAAUCUCGGUGUGGGCAUGAAGGUUGAGGUGGAAAACACAGAUUGCGAUAACAUAGAGAUCAUCCAACCAGGACAGACGCCCACAUCGUUUUGGGUGGCCACCAUCCUAGAGAUCAAGGGAUACAAAGCUUUGAUGAGCUACGAGGGAUUCGAUACGGAUUCCCAUGACUUUUGGGUGAAUCUCUGCAAUGCCGAGGUCCAUUCGGUGGGGUGGUGUGCCACAAGGGGCAAGCCCCUGAUACCCCCACGCACCAUCGAGCACAAGUACAAGGAUUGGAAGGAUUUCCUCGUGGGUCGACUGUCCGGGGCCCGUACAUUGCCUUCGAAUUUCUACAACAAAAUCAACGACAGCCUCCAGUCGCGCUUUCGUCUGGGAUUGAAUCUCGAGUGCGUCGACAAGGAUCGCAUUUCCCAAGUGCGCCUCGCCACUGUCACCAAGAUAGUGGGUAAGCGUCUGUUCCUACGGUAUUUCGACACUGAUGAUGGCUUCUGGUGUCACGAGGAUUCGCCCAUUAUACACCCAGUGGGCUGGGCCACCACGGUGGGACAUAAUUUGGCUGCACCACAGGAUUAUCUUGAAAGGAUGUUGGCUGGUCGCGAGGCCAUGAUUGAGGUUCACGAGGACGAUGCCACCAUCGAGCUGUUCAAAAUGAAUUUCACCUUCGAUGAGUAUUUUCUGGAUGGCAAAACGAAUGGUUUUAUCGAAGGCAUGAAGCUGGAGGCAGUGGAUCCCCUAAAUCUAUCCUCCAUUUGCCCGGCCACAGUGAUGGCUGUGCUGAAAUUUGGCUACAUGAUGAUACGCAUUGACUCGUAUCAGCCGGAUGAAUCAGGGUCGGAUUGGUUCUGCUACCAUGAAAAGUCUCCUUGCAUUUUUCCGGCUGGUUUCUGCAGCGCGAAUAAUAUUAGUGUGACGCCCCCGAAUGGUUACGAUUCGCGCACCUUUACCUGGGCGGUUUAUCUGCGGAACACUGGUGCCGUGGCGGCCAAUCAGCAUUUGUUCCAUCGUGUGGUGCCCGAGCAUGGCUUUGAGACGGGCAUGAGUUUGGAGUGUGCCGAUCUGAUGGAUCCGCGACUCGUCUGCGUGGCCACAGUGGCACGGGUGGUGGGACGCCUGCUGAAAGUACAUUUCGAUGGCUGGACGGAUGAGUAUGAUCAGUGGCUGGACUGUGAGUCGGCUGAUAUCUAUCCUGUGGGCUGGUGUAUCCUUGUGGGCCAUAAGCUGGAGGGACCGCCAAGGGUGUCCUAUCAGCAGGUGGCCAAACCGGCGCCCAAGCCCAAGGUGCCAAGGAAAAAGAAGAUUAAGAAAGGUGCAUCCGGAGGAGGAGCAGCCAAGCAACAGAAUGACAAUACGCAGACGACACAGACGGUUAAACCGCGAACCAUUGCCCUAAAGACCACACCGCAUUUGCCGAAGCUGAGCAUUAAGCUGGAAUUAAAGCCAGAGCAUCAUAAUGCAGCCUUCUAUGAGAACAAUCAGCCCGAGGAUGGGGAUGGAGAUGAAGAGGAUCCAGAUCCAGAUGCCGAUGCCGAUCUAGAUGCGGAUGCGGAUGGCGAUGGCGAUGGUAGCACCAGUCACAUAUCUGAGCAAUCAACCACACACUCCUCCAGUGAUCAAAUACUCGGCAGCGGGAGCGGCGGUGGUUCCACCUCAACACCGGUAGUAACUGCUGCCACGGGCAGCAGCGGCGGCAACAGCAACAAAAUGGUAAAGAAAUCUUCCACUACUAAAUCACCGGCGCCACCAACUGUGGGCCGCAAAGCCACUAGCUACAUUGCGAACUCUUCGGCGACGAGCAGCAAGUACAUUCCACGUCUGGCCGACAUUGAUGCGAGUGAGGCGGCACAUUUGGAGCUACAGCCGGACUCUUGGAACGUGUACGAUGUGUCGCAGUUCCUGCGUGUCAACGAUUGCACCGCCUACUGUGACACGUUCAGUCGCAGCAAGAUCGAUGGCAAGCGGCUACUGCAAUUGACCAAGGAUGAUAUAAUGCCACUGUUGGGCAUGAAAGUGGGCCCAGCAUUGAUAAUUUCCGAUCUGAUUACCCAGCUCAAGUGCAAAGUGAAUCCGGGUAGGGCCAGAUCACACAAGACCAACAAAUCGUCGUACUUAUAGUGCGGGGAUCAUGUUUGGAUCGACUUUCAUAUAUAUUUCAUUUUUUUUUUAAAUCAAUACGAAAUUUAUCACCGAGACACACACAUUUAUAUAUAUAUAUAUAUAUAUAUAUAUAUAUAGAGAUAUAUAUAUAUAAUACAUACUGAAGUAUUUGUUAGCCCUUGGAGAACGUUGCCUAAACACAGAAAUGUAUAACCUCACGCCAGUCUCUCACACACAACGCGCGUUAUUUUAUAUAUCGAUUUAAAUCGUGUCAUAGUCCGUACGUAGUAGCUACAGAUAGAUGUACGCUCUUGUUAUAACACUCACAAUCUCUGUACCACAAACCAAUUUAUUGCGGGGUGGUUGGAAGGAAACAUUUUUUUCUUAGCACUCAUAGUUUUUUAUAUAUAAAGUAUAUAAAUAUAUAAAAUCAAAGGCAACGCAUACAAUAUAUAUUGUUAUAAUUGUAAAUAGGUUACGUUGCUGACCAAACCCGCCCCCCAAUAGUCUAUCCACAAAAUGUCAUAUUGAAUCCAGGAAGUCCAGGCAGUAUCUCGCUAUAGUAAGUGUAAGUCGGGACCGCUGGCUGCUGCUCCUAGUCCGUAAGAAUCACCGCGAGAUCACACAAUAGAUCGCCACAGCGCGCGCUCUCUUUCUCCAAUUUGGUUUCUCAUUUCCGCAGAGAGCAUUAAAUGGUAUAGUUUUGAAGAAAGGCAACCCAACCCUCUAAAUAGUAGUUUAUCUAAGGUAUCUAGAUAGCAUUAAGGUACCAGCUAAUGUCGAAAAUACUUAAUAAACCCGAAUUCGAAAUUGCAAGUAUUGAAAGAAUA